GUGAGUUGAUACUGCUGAGGUGUACUUGUUACACGGAAUUCAAAGAGCAAUAAUUUAAAGCUGUAUACGAGUGGAUUUUCAAUUCCAUUAUUGUGGAAUAAAAUUGAGAGAACCUACCUAUACUUCAGCGAACGUUUAAUUACUUCAAAUGAUGGAUGAUCCGGUCGACGCGUCCGAACUUCAAAAACUAAACGAAGAAAAUGAAUUAGCUUUGAAAAAGCUCAAAGAAGCGAAUAGCAAAUUGAAAAACCUUCAAAAACAGUGUCAAGAGUCGAAUAAUCAAAUGAGCAAGCUAAAAGUCGAGAUGGAAACCGUAGAUUUGAGAGAAUUAGCACUAAAGAAUAUGAUUUCGACGAAAACCGAGAAAGAAACCGUUCUCAGAACAGAAUGUGAGAAAAAAAUCCAACAGCUAGAAAAUUUAGCGUGGAAAAGGAAAAUCAUCGCUGUGAAACUCGAGUUGGAGAAGAAUAGCCGUCAACGUUAUGAGAAUCUGAUGAAAAAGAAGAUAGAACCGGCUGAUUAUCUAGAAAUAGGACAUGAAAAAAAACUUCAAGAGAAGAUGUAUUUGAGAAAUAAACUUGACCAGUUACAAAAAGAAGUAACCGAAAAACGUAAACUGAAUGCUGAGUACGAAAAAUCAUGCCAGGAUAUUCAAAAGUCGAAUAAUAAACACAUGGAAACUAUUCGAGAAUUGAAGAAGAGUGUAGAAAACGUUGAAAUCUUGAUUGAUCAGCAAAAAGAAGAAUUACGAAAACUAUCUAACGAUGGAGCUGUCAUUAAUGAGUAACUUGAGAACUAAUCUUUUUUUUUAGUAUUUAGAGAAUAAAUAAAUAUUCAUUAUUUGUGAA